UUAGCCUUCCCUUAAAUCUCUAGCCCACCUCUUCCCUUCCCACCUCAGCCUUUUUUUUUUAUCUUCAUCAGAUCGACUUAGCCCUUUCAAGAUCAACAAGCAACAUUAAACUAUAUCAUAUUAACAACUUUCCUGAGUUCUUUAUCUUAUUUUAGUUUUAGCCAGAGUUCAAGCUUUAGCCUUUUCAUCGCAUCAUUAGCUUCAGAUUUUGUGUCCAAUAUUGCCAAACUCGGCUCUUUCUUUCUUUGUUUUUGUUUUUUGCACCCAUGUUUCUUAUUGGCUUCUUGUUGUUCAUUCUAUCAGCUUCAUAUAUCCUUACCUGCUAUUUUAUUUCCUAGAAUAUGAACAAGAGUUUUUCUCUCUCUUUAACUUGAAUAUUUUAGCAGCCGUACUAGAUAUAUAACUAGCUAAUCUACCUAGGCAAGUCAUCUUUGUUUAAUAUUUUGCUGCCGCUAUAAAUGGCUAACAUGGGAGACUGGGAGCAAAAGAAUCUUGUAGAGGAACUAACGCUAGGGAUGGAGCUUGCAAAGCAACUUCAAAUUCAUCUCAACGUGCCAUCUUCUUCAAGAGAAACCCGUGAAGUAUUGGUCCAGAAGAUCUUAACUUCCUAUGAAAAGGCGCUUUCGAUGCUAAAUUUUGGUACUAGCUUAGUGGGAGAGCUGCAUCCAGUUGGAGGGAUUACGAUUAGAAAUUCUGAAUCGCCUCCGUCGCAUAGUGGAAGUCCUCGGAGUGAAGACUCUGACCGUGAUACGAGGGACCAGAGGCAAAUAGAUUAUGGCUCUAGUUCAAGAAAGAGCAUGCCGAGAUGGACAAAGCAAGUGAGAGUUAACCCAGGAAUGGGACUGGAAGGGCCUCUCGAUGAUGGAUUUAGCUGGAGAAAGUAUGGGCAGAAAGCCAUUCUUGGAGCCAAAUAUCCAAGAGGCUAUUAUAGAUGCACUCAUCGCAAUGUCCAAGGUUGUUUAGCCACAAAGCAAGUGCAAAGGUCCAAUGAAGAUCCAACCAUUUUUGAAAUUACCUACCGUGGAAGGCAUACGUGCGCUCAAGCCUCUAAUUUGCUUCCUCUCACACAACUCCGAGAAAAUCAAGGACCUGGCACUAAUAUCACCAUAGAGCCUCAACAAAACCAACCCUGCCAAGAAAACAAUCCACAUACACAAGAACUACUCUCGAACUUUCGCAGAGGACUUAAAGUCAUGACGGAAGACUUAGACUCUCAUGAUCAUCAAUCUUUUCCAACUAAUACAUUCCAAUUCCCUUCAACAUCCACUGUCAAACCUGAAAAUAAUUCCUUGUUUCCUCCUUCUAUGGUAGAAAACAGUUUCGUGGGGAAUUUCUCACCACCAUUUAUAUCUCCUUCAGAUUCUGUCACAAACUAUUAUUCUGUGUCUCCAAAUGAGAUGCAACAUAGCUUUGGAGGGAACAAGAAUUUUCAAAGUUCUGAGUCUGAGCUUACUGAUAUCAUCUCUGCUGCUGCUUCAACUACUACCUCUCCUACUGUUGGACUGGAUUUCCCAUUUGGGAAUGUUAACUUUGAUCCCAACUUUACAUUUGAUAAUUCAGGAUUCCUCUCUUAGGUCCAUUAAGGUGGGGAUUAAAUAAAGUGAAGAUAGCAUAAGAAUCUUCAUUACUUAGGCCACUUGCACCUGGUGAGUGGUCACAGUUUGUACUAAUUAAUACAAGAGAGUGAAAGAGAAUCUUUAUGUGAUUAAGAA